UGAGCAUACGCUUCGUGAAGAAGUCUAUUUAAUAAUGUAAGAGUUACUUUUGAUCCAGCAUUAUUGAAUUUUCUGAAAAAUCGUAUGCCAUACUAGAAGGAAUAUUUCUUGUCGACGUAAUGUUUGUACAAUUAACUUGUGAGUGAGUAACAAACGAGGCUCAAGUGAAAAACGAAGAAUGUAAUCGAUCGUUCAGUCCUUGCUUCCCCCGAAACCUGCGAAUCAAUAUUUGUCACUUUUAUGAGGUUUUGUUGUUAUCUCGAUUUUUUCGCCGCGAUAAAUUUAUUUCCUCCUUCUCAUCACGCUCUAUUAUACUGCAAAUUUUUCGAUGAUUGAAAUACAAAAUUGUAGUUCGACAAGGAUUCACUGAUUUUUGUUCCCAAAUAAUCAAUAUGGUUAUGCGAUUGUAAAUUAAAAAGUGAAGUCAUAAUGGAUACGCAUGGCAGCCAAGGAACGUGGGUCACCUACGAGGAAAAUCGAAACGAUUUUUCGACCAAAUCUUCCGUUGACGAGUACAAUGGACGUAAAGAUAUUUACAAAGAUUCACCGAACCCGAUUAAAAGUCAAGCUGACAUAUUUUUGACAGAAAUUGAAAAACAGCUGGAGGAUACAGAAUCUAAAUAUGAAUCGGUGGUGGAGAGAUUGCGUUACACGAAAAUGUUGUACAGCAAUGCCGCGGGUGCCAUGUCUUUAGAAACAAAUGAUUUCGAUCGAACCGAUGACCAUUCACCAGUAACCGAAGGAAAUUCUCAGUCCGAUACUUCCUCAAACGCAAAUCUUAUCGAUGAUAAGACAAGUGAAACCAAUCUGUCGAGUUCCGGAAUUCCGCAAUAUCUCACAGAAACAAAACAUACACAGCAAAAAGCGCAGGAAGACCCGGAUUCAAAAAACCAGCUCAUCGAGCCGAAUUCAACGUCCUUCAAACCUGAGUCAAACUUGAAUAAUUUUCACAAUAUUCACGAUGAGGAUCGCAAUGAUACAAAUGACCAAAGUUAUUUGUUCGAGCGGACAAAAGAGAGUAAAAUUAAUUUCCAGUUCACGAAAGAUACGAUGGAAAAUUCUGUUCUUGACACAGUGAAUCAAAUCCAUGGAGAGCACUUUGUCAGUGAUAAUUCAUCGCGGAGAGUGCAUCCUUAUCAAUUGCACCUCGCUGAAUAUUCCAAGGGUCUUCACGAACAAUGGGAGGAAGAAUCUCGAAUUGCUGAAUCUUCGAUGAUCGAAAAUCACGACAUUUAUUCAAACCAGUUGAACUGUGGAAAGCAACAAGAAACAAAAAUGCCAGAAUUACACCCAAAUCUUAUUGAAAGUCUCAGAAGUAUUCGAACAUCAAUGAAGAAUAAAAAACCCCGUCAUGAUAGAGGGCGUAAAACAGUCAGCAGUAAAAUUGUGUCAAAAUCAAUCGAUGAUACCAAUGGGACUACUACAAAGAGGAAAAAAAUUAAAAAACAGGGAGGAUUAAAAACUUCUGCUUCCAGAUGUACAACAGCCACAAAAGAUACAAGUAUUUCUGAAAAUAAGAAAGAAAUUAGAAGACGACCGAAACAAAGAGGUCAUUCAACAACUUCGAAACUCCAGCAAUCACAGAAUCGUCGUCAGCAUAACGUAAUCGAAAAACAUCGAAAUAAUAUGAGCGAGGUUGUCGAGAUUUAUCACAAUAGUGCGAUAAAGAGUGGCAGUUUGUCGGUCGUCUCGAGCAAACAUUCGAAAGUUAUGGAAACACGAAUUCGAAGCUUUAACAAUGGGGCCAAACUCGAUCAGCCCUGGAGAACCAAAGGAAGUCACCGGCUCGUAGAAAAUAAUGGAAAACGUAUCUUCAAUGAGAUCGAGGAACAAAAACCUAAAGAACAACACAAUAGUGAACUGAAUCAAUCGAAAGACAAUUGUGGCAAUGAGGCUAAGAGUUAUCAAGAUAAUUUGACAGAACCUUCUGAUUUCAGAUUCGGAGAGCCAAACAGAAUAAAUGAUGAAGCAAAUUUCCUAGUUGGUCAGGCUGAAAAUAAGAUACUCAAAGAGUACAGAAACAAUGAUAAUCAAGAGGUUCUACAGGACUGUCAAAUACCUCAUAUUUUGUCUCCUUCUUAUGACCCUUUUCCAACCCGAAAUUAUGAAUCGCCGACUGUAUCAUCAAGAAUGAAACGAGUUCAAAGAUCCUACUUCAACAGAUUCAAUUUUCGAAAUAUACCCUUCGUCGUUGGUACCUCUGUGACUCCUAGCUACAAUCUUGGAUUAAACAUCCAGGAAGCUUUGAGUUUGAUGAAAACACGGCAACUAAUGCCGAGUCGAAUUUCUCCAAUGAUCAUCAGCAGUGUCUCGAAGGGACUGAAACCAGUCUCGACACUUUUCGAAUGCAUAAGAGACGAGAGGGAAUCUCUGAUGGAGGGAAGAAAUAUCCCAUUAAGCAUAAAUUCUCGAGGAAUUACGAGCAUGUAUCAGGGAACAUUGAGCGACGACAAAUCGUCGAAACCAGUGCAACUCGAGCCUUUUUCUUCAAAGACACGUGGACUGAGUUUUGUCCCAGACCCCGAAACUCUGUACGAAGUUCAAGGGUCUUACCCCAGUCAGAAAAGCGAACUUACACCCAAAAAGCAGAAAACUCAAUCAAUCUGCUCUUCUAUUAAAUUCAAUGAUCAAAAGCAUCUUGAAAGGAAACUCGAACUGACACAGAGCAUUUUGUUAAAACAGCGACAAGAGGAACUCAAUAUAGGCGAGUCAGCACCAGCGAAAUUCCAAACUGUGACACAGGGUUCGAAAGGGAUUCGAGAAGUGUUGAUGAAUUUCCACGAUCAGUACGAAACUAUGAUAAUAAAAUUCGAGAAGUUGCAAAAGGAAUCGAAUAAAUCGAGUGAUAAAUCUUUGGAAAAGGAGCUAAUUGCGUUAGAGAAAGAGCUGAACGCGAAAGAAGAAGAAAUAAAAGCAGUGGCGAGUCUUUAUCAGGAAGUGAGUAUUUCAGGAGUGUCGAAAAAAGGGAACGUGUCGAAUUCGUUUUUUCCAUUUUUUUUGCAGGUGAUGAUUCUAAAGCGACAGAUGAGAAUGUUGCACGAGAGAAAUAGUCUCGUUUGUGUUUCGACUGAAGUACCAGUAAGUCCGACGUAUCGAAGUUUUUCGAUACGCGCUCAGACGGCGAAUCCGAUACGGAUGUUCAACGAUUACAGACGAGGUGAUUCAGUGUGCAAUCAAGGACCUCCAACGUCGACGAAACUAGCAGGGAUGCUUCGCCAGAUCAAAACUUUCCAGAAACAAUUGAAAUCUAAUACGUAAUCAAUCGAUUUUACAAUCCGAAAAUCAUUUCGUAAUUUGCAAUCGAAUUGUUUGUCACUGUCAACGGAACAAUGAGAAAAAUAAAUAAAUAAUAAUACGACGAAGUUUGAAGGAGGAAAACGGAAAAUUAUGAGAACACAGUCAGAAAAUUCAAAACGGUAUUACUUUCGUAGACCAGUCGUUAUUUCUUAUACAAUCGAGUCCAAAACGAGUGGAGGAGAUUUCGAAUGUAAGAACCGAGAAAACUGUUUGGAAACCGUUACUUUUUUUUUCUAAUUUUAGAAUCGAUUAAUUGUUGAAGCAAUCAAGAAAUUAUUUCGCUCCACUUGUAUCGAACCCUACUGCUGACAAUUUUGUUUUUCUUCAAAUGCAAUAAUAUGACUUUAUAUAGAUAUUUUUAAUAUAUAUACUUUGUAUAUACAUAUAUUCAACACAUGUAUAAACGCAAAGAGUCGUUGGUAUAUAAUGCAUAUUAUAUAUAUAUGUAUAUACACAUAUACGUGUAUAUAUACAUAUGUAUAUACAUAUUUAAAAAUCUUUAUCUCUCUCGUAGACAUUUUUUCCUUCGCUCUUUGAGUCGAUGCGUGCAGUUUUAUAUCUAGUAUGAUAGAAAGAUAUUUCUAAAUCAGGUGACGCAUCUAUAGUGAGCUGAAGAUAAACAUUAUCGAUUGUUUUUUCACUUUUUUUCACUCAACUGCGCGCUAUUUUAGUUAAGUUUUAUUUUCUCUUUUAAACUCUUAACUCUACGGGCUCACUGAAUAAUCUCGGGGGGGGGGGGGGGGGGGGGGGGGUAUUAUUAGAUAUGU